AUGGUAUCUGGUAGCACGCGUCAAACUGGACUUCUUGAAAUCAUUAAUGAUGACAAGGAAACGCCCUUCUUGAAGAGAACAGAUGAGGAAGAGCAUCACGCAGACCAGGUAGAUUCAGCAAACAAGACGCCAAUACCAAAUACUGGCAAGAAAGCUCGAGUGAAAAUGUCAAAAGAAGAGCAGAAAAAGAGAGCGAGUGAGAGAUCAAGGGCUUAUCACAAAUCGUUGACUCGUAAAGGUCUCCAAGAGGCUAAAAGGACUUUAUCCGAAGAGGCAUACAUGAAAUUGGAAAACUCUGCAAAAAAUCGCAGCCGAAAGCAUUCGGAGGCUUGUAAAAGAAGCUAUCAAAAGAUGAAAUUGCGCUUAGCUUCCGGAGAAGCAACAACUUCAGAUCUUGAAAGAGUAAGAAAAGAAACCCAAAGACAUACUGAUGCAAAACAGAAAUCCAGCAAAAGACGUUUAGAAGCCGUACAACAAAAGUCAACAGAAGCCAUACGGAUUCAAAGACUUCGAACGGAUUUAGAAAUUCGAAACACAAAUAAAGCCGUAUUCGCUCAAUUGUCCCCACCCAGAUCGUUCAAGGAUUAA